GUACCAGAAGACCAACGAAAGGACGAUCUUUUUGUUGACACUGCAGUUAUUAAAGCUUUAAACAAAUGCAGAAAUCCUCUACGCGAUCCUGAAGGUCCAUAUUGUUAUUCAAUUUCAUCUGCAGUACCUUUUGUUGUUUCCAAACAAACUUGUUCAGUUCGAAAGUGUGGCUCAACAGAGUGCCGAAUGGCAGGAACGGCAAACGAUUACAUUGGAAUUUUAUCGGUAACACGUUCCGGACUGAAAUGCGGGAAUUGGAUAUCCGAUUAUGAUAUACUUAACAUGAUAAAUAAGAACAAAUCCAUGGAGGUCAUUAAUUCAACGGAAGCACGGGCGGAAGAAGUGAAAAAACUGGGAUACCCUCCAUUGAAGCCCAUGAAUCCCACGGAUCCUGCUUAUUUUAAUGAUAGUCUUUAUCCAGAGCACAGCAUCAUGAAUGCCAGUAAUUACUGUCGAAACCCGUCACGAAAUAUUUUUGGCACCUGGUGCUACACAAAGGAUCCAUGGAUCCCGCAGGAUCUGUGCAAUGUCAGAGACUGCGAAAAACCUGAAGAAUGCAUAUUCCUUGUUAAGGGCCAAGGAAUGGGCAGGCGUAUGUUCGUUCUACCGGAAUACCGGUCCGAAGGAUUACAAUUCGCUCUAAAGGAAUGGGAACCCGACCACCCAGAUACAAUUACAUUUGUCUUUACAGCAGAUGAUGGGCUGAAAUCGCGAUACAUUUUAAAGAUCGGUGCCCAGGAUAACGAACAAGUACAUUUGUAUUACGAAAGCGAGACGGAAGAUUUACACUUGGUCAAGAAGAAGACUCUGCCGCAUCUGUUAUAUAUGGGAAAAUGGAGCCGUUUCGUUUUAAGAAUCCCACGAGGUGUUGUCGAGAUGUAUUACGAGGGUGGAACUCAUCCGUUGUUUAGUUGGAAUCAUCCAGAGCUAGAAAAGGCAUUUUUGCCGAUUUACUACUUUUAUACCAGCGAAAGUGGCAAUGCCAUCGCUGUCAGCUUCGAUUGCCAUUCCAGAUGUCACAUAGAACAUACAACAACUGACAAGUUUACAAGGAUAUUACCUUUAUCCAUCUGGAAAACCGAAGAAACACCAACACCGAACAGACUGGAACUUACAAUUCGAGCGAAAGGAGUUGUUCUCGUUCCCCUAUUUCUGAUGUAUCAGACGUCAGGGUAUUACGGUCUGACAAUUGGGGAGUUGGGCCAGUGGAUAUUUUUUAUGAGAAAUACCUUACCAAAUGUUCAAAUAUUUCAUAAACAAAGGGCACCGGGGCCAUUAUUCACAGCAGACACGUGGACGAAUAUAACUAUAAGGUGGUACGGUGGAACGAUUAAAGUGUCAUGCAAUGAAACAGAAGUUUUUCAUUAUGAACAUCGAACUGCUCUUCUGUUCUACUUUUUUUCUCUCGCUGUUGACCGUGGUGGCUGGGCUACUUGGACGGCGAAUUGUUUACCUAUAGACAUUGAUGGUGAUGCUGAAGAUGGUGGUUGGUCAGAAUGGGGACCAUGGGCAUGUAGUGUAAGCUGUAAUGGAGGUAUUGGAACCAGAAAGCGACUUUGUAACAAUCCAGCACCAAAUGUAAGAGGAGAACCGUGUUUAGGGCCGAGUACCAUGUCAGGUAGAUGCAAUAUGAACACUUGCGGAGACAUAACUGAAGACACGAUUACGAUGGUAAGGAAACGGAUUCGCAGAAAUUUUACGUCCCUUACUGUAAAAGAAGGUAAUAAAAUAACAAUUCCAUGUGACCCUGACAUUAUUGUUCCAAUUAAAAGCGAGUCGCCUAAGUCUCACAUCAGGUGGACCCAUAAUGGACUUUUUGUCAAAGAGGCGAAUGACAGGUUUAAAAUCCAGGAUCAUGACAUCGGUAAGAAUUUGGAUUUGGUUAAUUAAAAUGUUUUUGUUCUUACAGUUGUGAACAAAGCAGUGCUAAAUGAUUCUGGAGUUUACGCCUUAACACUACAUCGAGUGGAUGGUUCGCAUAUGAUUUUCAAAGUAGUUACUUUAGCAGUGAUUCCAGUUAAAAGUAUUGUUAAAAUUCGGGAAACUUUACCCUUUUCCGUGACAUGUCACUGUAUCGUUUUGGGUUAUGUUUACACCGACCUUAAUGUUGGUUGGUUGAUCGAUGGUAAAACAUGGAAGGAUUACGGUAUUACGAUGCCCGUGGUCGUAAACACGGAUCACAUUGCUGCGAUAAAUAAAUCACAUAAUGGCAAAUGGACGUGUGUGGUAGAACAAGGCGAUUUAGAUUUUAAGUGGACGACCAAUAUAAUCAUUGUAAAAGUAUUGGGUCCUCCUAAUUGGAGAACCCAUUUAAUGGAGGACAGAUUGACGAGGCCAAUUUUUGGCAAACUCCCGAACGAGUCAUUUGUUGCUAUUGCUGCUCUGGUGAUUUUUAUCAUACUGACGUCAUGCAUAUUGGUUGGCUUUGUCGGGCUUUUAAGGUACUUCUGUCAGCCGACUAAGUCCAUGAAAUAG